CACACUGGCUAUCUUGAGCUGGGCUUGGGUGUGGUGUAUUGUUUGAGUAAUUGUUUUUAAUAUCUGCGUUUAAGUAAAAUUACUUAGGUCCCAAAAAUGGCUAGGAGCCUCGUUUUUGUGGCUCUAGUCGGCGCUUUUUGUUUUACCCUCGCUAACGCCCAACAUCACUACGAUGAACACAAAACUAGCCAUAUCAUUUGGUGCACCAAGAGCCAGGAGGAGCAGUACAAAUGCCAGAAUCUCACGGUGGCCAUCGAACGCGAUCGGGCUUUAUUCGAUGAAGUGUUCCUGAAUCUCACAUGCUUUAAGGCCUUCAGUGCGGAUGAGUGCAUCCAUCACAUCGAUCGCGAAAAGGCCCACAUUACGUCGCUAGAUGCCGGAGAUGUUUUCACGGCGGGGCGUUACAACUCCUUGAUUCCCAUCAUGCAGGAAAAAUUGGAAGGAGGUUUUGCGGACUAUCAAUCGGUGGCCGUUAUUAAGAAGGGAAGCCUCCCGGAUUUGACCAGCCUCCAUGGCCUGAGGAAUAAAAAGGUCUGCUUCCCUUGGGUGGGCAGUCUGGCAGGUUGGAUAGUGCCCAUACACACGCUCCAGAGAGAAGGCGGCAUGGAAGUGGUCGAUUGCAACAAUCAGGUGAAAACAGCGGCCAACUAUUUUAACAAUUCGUGUGCUGGUUACUCUCUGUCCGACAAAUACAAUCCCAUUGGCGACAACUCCGAUAAACUUUGUACGCUUUGUACUGGAAAAAUCCCUGGCGGACGUUGCUCGGCACAAGAUCCCUAUUUUGGCUACGAAGGCGCCUUCAAGUGUCUGCUAGAAAAGGGAGACGUUGCCUUCUUGCGCCACUCAACAGUAAAUGAAAUGCUACAGAGCACAGAAUUCAAAAACUUAUCACCCGACUCUUUUGAGCUACUUUGUCGCGAUGGACGUCGUGUUCCUAUUAACGAUUAUCGGCAGUGUAAUUGGGGACAAGUUCCCGCUGAUGCCAUUGUUACCUCUUCAGCGCGCAGCUUCAAUGAUCGAAAGCAAUAUCAGCAGUUUUUGAAACGCAUUGCGGAAUUGUACUCCGAUGGAGUCCAUGAUGAUCAGAACAGGCAAGGUGGACAGGGAUAUAACAACCGCAACAAUUUCAACGAACAGGGUCAAAACGGGCCCUACGAUCAGUUCAACAACAAUCGGUACGAGAACAAUGACCCAUACAGAAAUCAAAAUCCAUACGAACAGUACCGCAGUGAACGCUUGGACAGCAGUUUUUCUGCAGAUGGAAACCCGCAGGACGGCACCAACACUUCCAUUCUCUAUGAGAAGUUCCGCAUAUUCGAAUCAAAACGAUAUGGCAAGCCAAAUUUGCUGUUCCAGGACUCGAGCCGGGCUCUUACUGUCCUUCCUGAAGAUGAUCAGUCCUUUACUAAGUAUUUGGGUCCUGCCAUCAACUUUAUUUAUGGAAUUCGAGAGUGUCCUGUCCCAGCGAUAACACUUUGUGUGACUUCAGAGAACGAACUCGAGAAGUGUAUCAAGAUGAGGACUGCCCUGAAAGCGCAUCUUCUUAAACCCGAGCUCAUCUGCAAAAAGAUGCAUUCCCACAUAAACUGCAUGCAGUUCAUCGAAGCCGGAAAGGCUGACAUCUCCGUUUUUGAUGCCGGGGAUGUUUACACUGGCGGUCUGAACUACGACCUGGUUCCCUUCAUGUCGGAGGUGUACAAUCUGGGCGAGCCGGAGUAUUAUGUUGUGGCUGUGGCCAAGGAGGAGGAUCCUGACACAGAACUGACCUACCUGAAGGGAAAGAAUACCUGUCACACGGGCAUUAACACCGCUGCUGGUUGGACUUAUCCAAUGGCCCAUUUCAUCGCCAACGGCUGGAUUCGCCCGUACGGAUGCGAUUCGAUUCGAGCUGCCGCUGAGUACUUCACCAAGUCUUGUGUUCCCGGAGCAAUUAGCAGUGAAUACAACACGGGAGUGCCCUACGACAGUAUGUGCGAUCUGUGCCAUGGAACCAGCUACAGAUACUGUCGUCGUGAUGCUUCGGAGGAUUACUACGGUCAUACGGGUGCAUUCCGCUGUUUGGUGGAAGGCGGCGGUCAUGUGGCCUUCAUGAAGCACACCACCGUAAUGGAGAGCACUGGCGGCAAGCGCAAGGAGUGGUGGGCACGUAAUGCUCUCAACGAUGACUUUGAACUGCUGUGCACGGAUGGCACCCGUGCCGAAAUUCAGGACUACAAGCGCUGCAAUCUGGGCAAGGUGAAGGCCAAUGCGGUCGUCACCCGCGGAGGAGUCAACUACAACGAGACGCAGAUCAAUGCCUACAUUAACCUGCUGACCUACGCCCAACAACUUUAUGGACGAAAGGAAGUGGACGCUUUUAGUUUCAGCAUGUUUUCCUCGCCGAUUGGACACUACGACCUGAUCUUCCAGGAUGCCACGCGCCAGUUGCAAGUCAUUCCGCCAAACAAGCGACGAUAUGACUCCUAUUUGGGCAGUGAUUUUAUGCGUGCCCGUCGCAUCACUGAUUGCUAUGCCGGUGCCUCCCAGGUGGCAUUAUCUUUAGGACUACUCCUCGUGUCCUCGUUAGUUGCAAUGCUCUAAUACUAUAGACUCUCUAAUAAUUCAGAAUUGUACAAGAAUCUCUAGCACAAAGGGAAACAUAUCAACGUUUUACAUUCCAAUUAUUUGUAAGUAUAAGAGAGAAAUUAUUUCAGUCCGUAAAAAUCACAUUACUACAAACCGAAUCAUAUUUAAAGAAGGCUAUAAUUUUAUUUAUAUAGCUCCUGUGCCUUAAUAUAGUAUUUGUUUGUGUACAUACCAACUAAGUCCGUCCAAAAAAAAGUGUACCUAGAAUGUGUAAGCUGACUCUUUUUACAAAGCUUAUAUAAGUAUACAAAUAAAAUAACGAAAAGAAUAA